CUUGCUCCCAGGCUUCAGAAGCUCCUCACUCUGCAGGUUGUGUUGUGGCCGACAGGCAGCAUGGCGUCCAGGAGCUGCUGCAUCCAGGCGACGCUGGCCGUCCUCCUCGUUGCCAUGACGGCCAUCUGUGUGGCGCUGUUCACAGUGUUGGACGGCAGGACCGAACCGGCAGGUCCGUCAGGUCCGGAUCCCCAGAAUCCUCCUUACCGGGUGGGAGUGGGCCGGGCCGACUGCACCGGGUCGCCAGCUGAGAUCCCUCUGAUGGGUUAUGCGAUCCCUCAGCAGACGGCUGCAGGAAUACACACUCGUCUGUACAGCCGCGCCUUCAUCGUGGAUGACGGGAAGCGGAGAGUCGUGUUUGUCACCGCGGACGUGGGAAUGAUCUCCCAGAGGCUACGACUGGAGGUUCUUCGGGCGCUGCAGGAGAAGUACGGGGACCUGUACCGGCAGGAAAACGUGGUCCUGAGCGGGACUCACACCCACUGUGGGCCGGCCGGAUACUUCCAGUACACCCUGUUCAUGAUCACCAGUAAAGGCUACAUCAAGGCGUCCAUGGAGCCGCUGGUCAACGGCAUCGUCAAGAGCAUAGACGUGGCCCACCGGAACAUGAGGCCCGGCAGGAUCUACAGGAACCGAGGACAUGUGGACGACAGCAGCCUGAACAGAAGUCCUCACUCGUACCUGAACAACCCCGAGGACGAGAGGCACAGGUAUAAAUCGAACACUGACAAGCAGAUGUUGGUGCUGAAGUUCACGGAUCUGGAUGGAGACGGGAUCGGGAUGCUCAGCUGGUUCGCCGUCCACGCCGUCAGCAUGAACUACACCAACCGCAUGGUGAGCAGCGACAACAUGGGCUACGCCUCGUACCUGCUGGAGCAGGACAAGAACCCCGGGGAGCUGCCUGGACAGGGAGGUUUUGUUGCAGGUUUCUCCUCCAGUAACCUCGGAGACGUCACUCCGAACACCCGAGGACCUCACUGCGUGAACACGGGCCAACCCUGCGACUACCUGAACGCCUCCUGUCCUGUUGGAGGGACUAAGAUGUGCCAGGGAUUCGGACCCGGAGGAGACAUGUUUGAGAGCACCAGGAUCAUCGGACACAGCGUCUACAUGAAGGCCAGGGAGCUGUAUGCAGAUGCAGUGGAGGAGGUGACCGGCUUCAUUCAUUCUGCUCACCAGUGGGUCAACAUGACGGACGUGACGGUCCAACUCAACAGCACACACUCAGUGAGCACCUGCAAACCUGCUCUGGGUCACAGUUUUGCAGCUGGAACCACAGACGGAGGAGGAGACCUGAACUUCACCCAGGGUGCUGUGGAAGGAGACCCAUUCUGGGAUGGAAUCAGAGACACUCUGGUGGGCCCUCCAUCCAAUCAGACGAGGGAUUGUCACCAUCCCAAACCAAUCCUGUUCAGCACAGGCGAGAUGAACUGGCCUCUGCCCUGGCAUCCUCAGAUCAUCGACGUUCAGAUCAUCACCAUCGGAUCGGUGGCCGUCGUCGCGGUUCCUGGAGAAAUGACCACCAUGUCGGGAAGGAGGUUGCGGGAAGCCGUCAAACAGGAGCUGGAGUCUGAGGGGACGUUGGGGGACAUGGAGGUGGUGAUCGCUGGACUCAGUAACGUCUACACUCACUACAUCACCACCUAUGAGGAGUACCAGGUGCAGCGGUACGAAGGAGCCUCCACUAUCUACGGUCCGCACACGCUCACUGCCUACCUGCACAAGUACCGGGGGCUGGCCCGCGCCAUCGCUCAGGGCCGGGUGUCGGAGCUGCCGUCGGGCCCCGAGCCGCCGUUCUUCACCAAGAACCUCUUCAAUCUGAUGUCUGCGGCGACGGUGGACAAGAAACCUCCCAACUCCAGCUUUGGAGACGUCCUGGAACAGGUUUACCCCGUCUACAGACAGGGUGAUGUCGUCUCGGUCACGUUUGUGGCAGGAAACCCUCGACACUCUGGAGACAUCAGAGAUAAAACUUUUGUCACCGUUGAGAUUUAUGAAAACAGAACCGACUCCUGGGAAGUCGUCCACACCGAUGCAUCAUGGGAGACCAGGUUCCAUUGGCUGAAGGGUUCCAACCGUCAGAGUAACACCACGGUGGAGUGGCACAUCCCCCCGUCGGCCUCCAGCGGCCACUACCGGAUCAGACACUUCGGACAUUACAAGCAGCUGAAGGGCCUGAGACCCGUCAUCACAUCCUACCAAGGCUCGUCCGACGUGUUCAGAGUCACGCCCAGCUUCUACCACCAGUGAGAGGGGGGAAAGUAAGCCGGUACCACCCGGUACCACCCGGUACUCUGUACCACCAAAAGAUUCAGUGCCGGUACGCAGUACUGGGAAAAAAAACCAAACGAAUGACUGAAAAUAUACUUCAGGUACAGCGGGUCUCAAACUCUCGAUCUUUGACACCAAAGGCAGCAGCGCCGACCACUCAGCCAAACACCUCAGCUCCAUUUCUGAUCACACAUACAGUUAUACAAACCUAUUACAAAGAAUGAGUGAGGGGAGACGGCACAGCGAUAGAAUCUUGCUAUAAUCUUGUUUUUUCGUACGAAUAAUUUUUAAAACAUUAGUACGAUAUAAAUAUUAGUAAAAUUUGUGCUUUUGUGAAUAGCGUAUUCCAGUCUUUACUUCCUAAACACACACACUGCAUGGAAGGGAGCGUUAUGAUUUAUUGUUCAUGUAACGUUGCUUUUUAUUUUAUUCACUUUAUUUAUGUCAUUUGCACCGACGGGCAAGGACAAAAAAUAAAUGAUUCCACCAAAAUUCCAAAGGUUUUUGUGGUUGGCUACACAUUACCAGCAUAUUUCAAAUAUGCUGGUAAAUAAUCACACGCCAAAUAAUCACAAAUAAGAUAUUUGUGAUUGGUUUUCAUUCCUCAUUUCAGGAAAAAAAAAAAAAAAGCGGCAAAAAUGUUGAAGUAAAGUUUUUUUUUAAAUCUUUUAAGUGUUUUGCUUUGUUAAAAAUGCUUAAGAAGUUGUUUUCCAUUUCAAUGCACACAUUGUAAGAGACAUUUUGAGACAUUUUACUCAUCGUCAUCAUCUCUUCUUUCAUUUAUGUGCAGAAUGUUCUGAAAAUUCAAAGACAGAGACCUGGUAACUGUUCAGCUGCUGAUGAAUUUAACUGUAAAUUUAUUCUAAUUUGAAACAAAACAAAUUGUUAUGAUUUUGAAAGUUUUGUCAACAUUUACAAAAUAUUCUGUGACAACCCUUGGUCCGGACUGGCCUUUAUUUACACCAUUUAAAUAAAUC